CAUUUUGAAAUUUUCUCAAUAUUUAUUCCGUAAUUAAUUAAAAUGUAUAAACGAAGAGCUCACGAGAAACAGGCUCUGUAUGUAAAAGAAAUAGCUUAUCUCUUAGCAACGAUAAACAGCUGAUUUCGAGGCGGAGUAACGUAUAUGUGUCGCUUGUUACUUGGCCUCGACAUUAGCUCACAGGCAGUGAAUUUUGAAACACAGGCCAAAGUUCAUUGAGUUCUUUUCUCUGCUGAUGUUGCUCUGCUCUGCUGGCUACGUUCAACGGAAUAAAACGUUCUGUGAACAAUUCUUAGAUCCAGGUCAAUCACAUGGACAAAUUACUUAACGAUUGUAUUCGCUGAAUGCACUUAAUAUCUUCUCUUUCUCUCUCUCCAUCGUUAUUUUUUUUUUAAGUUUAAAUCUUCCCUCUUGCCUUCAAAAUCAUAUAAAAUGUUUAUUAUUAUAAAAUCGACACUAUUUAUUUUUCUGAGCAUAUUUACGGGGAUUUUUGUUUUUUAUAUUAAUUUUGCCUACAUAACGGAUACAUAUUUUCAAUGGAUAUUCAACAAUAAUGUUCGAGAUAUGCAACAAUAUGAUUAUAUUGUCGUUGGUGCUGGUAGUGCUGGUGCAAUUCUAGCAUCACAUUUGGCAGAAGAUAAGAAUAGUGUAUUAUUGUUGGAAGCAGGUGGUAGUGCACCACCUUUGCUUAGCAUACCACUUUUAGCACCAAUAAUACAAAAAACUGCUUAUGAUUGGCAAUAUGUUACUGUACCUCAGGAACAUUCGUGCAAAAGUUUGGUCAAUAACCAAAGCAUAUGGCCCAGAGGUAAAAUUCUUGGAGGAUCAAGCCGAUUAAAUUAUAUGGCUUAUGUAUUAGGGCAUCGGCUGGACUAUGAAGGAUGGUUUCCAGACUUUUUACAGACAAUUGCUGAGCACAAUGAUUCAAUAAGUACAAGUGAAUUGAGAUGGCAUUCUAAUUUUGCCGAUGUAGUCCUAGAGGCGAUAAAAGAAUUAAAUCACGAUGUAGGUGAUAUGAAUACGAAACUAGACAUAGGUUUCAUGAAAGCUCGGCUAACAAUGGAAAAUGGUGAAAGGUGGAGUACGGAUAAAGUACUAUAUAAAAACCAUAAUCAUGCUUUAACUAUAUUAACUUACGCACUUGCAACUAAAAUAUUGGUGAAUGCUGAUAAAGCUGAGGGAAUUGAAUUUAUUAGAUUUAAUAAUAAAUAUACUGCCACGGCGAAAAAAGGAAUUAUUCUAAGUGCUGGUGCAAUUGAAAGUCCAAAAUUACUAAUGUUAUCUGGCAUUGGACCGAGAAAAUAUUUAGAAGAUCUUAAUAUUCAUGUAAUCAAUGACUUGCCAGUUGGUCAGAAUUUGGUAGAUCAUAUAACGAGUGGUGUUGAUUUGGUCACUCUUAAUGCAAACAUUGGAUUGAAUCUACUUGAAAUGUUGAAUCCUAUAUCCGCUUUUAAUUACUUUCUCUUUGGGAAAGGUCCAUGGACAUCAUCAGCAAUUGAGGUAUUAGGAACAUUCCAUAGUGUUUUAAACAAUAAAUCUGCAGCACCAGAUUUGCAAUUAUUAAUGAUUCCUCUUGGUAUAAAGGAUCAUGGUAUUCUGUUUAAAAGAAUAAUGGGAAUUUCUGAUGAGGUCUAUGCCAAAUACUUCUCUUCCCUUUCACAUAAAAAUACAGUAAUAAUCGCGCCUGUCUUACUGCACCCUAAAAGUAGCGGAGAGAUACGAUUACGAAGUAACGAUCCCUUUGACGAACCUCUAAUUAAUCCGAAAUAUUUGUCCAAUAAAGACGACGUUGAAGCUCUCAUAGAAGGUUUGUAUUUCGUAAAGGAGCUCUUGGAAACGAAUGCUUUGAAAGCCUGCGGCGCGUCCCUUAACAGAGAACCCUUCCCCGGUUGCGAAAAUGAAAUAUUUGAUACUAGGGAGUACUGGAGAUGUUAUGUACGACACUUGACACUAACGUCUUAUCAUCCAGCCGGUACAUGUCGCAUAGGCGAUGUCGUCGACACGUCGUUCAAGAUUUACAAUAUGACAAAUUUGUACGUCGUGGACGCGUCGGUCCUGCCGUCGCUACCGAGCGGUAAUACCAAUGCAGCUGUGAUUGCUUUGUCACAAAAAGCCGCCCGUAUGUUUAGAAGUGGAAAAACAAAAGAAAAAGAAACAUAAAGAUAACGCAGAUGUCCUCUGACUUUAUUUUUUUAUAUAUCUUGUAAUACUGUGCGAAAUAUAUUUUACAAAAUUAUAAUAAAAAGUCUUUAUUACAAAGAA